CGCGCCGGGGGCGGUGGCUGCGGCGGUGGCGGCUGAGCGGGGCCGGAGCGGGGCCGGGCGGCCCAUGGGGCCGGGCCGCGCCGCCGAUGGAGCCGCCGCGCAGCUGCGGCGAUGGCGCCGAGGACGAGAAGAAGCCGCGGCGGCGGGGCGGCGCUGCGGACGCCGGGCCCUCCCAGCUGCGGCGGAGGAGCAGCGGCGGCGCGGCGAGCGCGGACAGCGCGGCGGCUCCGCAGCCCCGCGAGCGCGGCGGGUCCGUGAGCCGGCAGCGGCGGGACUCGGUCCGCAAGAACCGCCCGCUCUUCCCCUGGUUUGGCUUGGACAUCGGAGGAACCUUGGUCAAACUGGUUUAUUUUGAACCCAAGGACAUCACGGCCGAAGAGGAAGAGGAAGAAGUGGAAAACCUGAAAAGCAUCCGCAAAUACCUGACAUCAAACGUAGCCUAUGGCUCCACAGGCAUUCGGGAUGUGCACCUUGAGCUCAGGGACCUUACCCUGUGUGGACGUAAAGGCAAUCUGCACUUUAUACGCUUUCCUACCCAUGACAUGCCUGCUUUUAUCCAAAUGGGAAGCGAAAAGCACUUCUCGAGCCUCCACACCACCUUAUGUGCCACGGGAGGUGGAGCGUACAAAUUUGAGCAGGACUUUCUCACAAUGGGUGACCUUGAGCUUUGUAAGCUGGACGAGCUGGACUGCCUUGUGAAAGGAGUGCUGUACAUCGACUCUGUGGGCUUCAAUGGACACUCAGAGUGUUACUAUUUUGAGAACCCCACGGAUGCUGAGAGGUGCCAGAAGCUCCCCUUCAACCUGGAGAAUCCCUACCCUCUCCUCCUGGUGAACAUUGGCUCAGGGGUCAGCAUUUUGGCUGUCUAUUCCAAAGACAACUACAAACGGGUAACAGGCACCAGCCUUGGAGGGGGAACCUUCUUUGGCCUCUGCUGCCUUCUGACGGGCUGCUCCACGUUUGAGGAGGCCCUGGAGAUGGCAUCCCACGGGGACAGCACCAAGGUGGACAAACUGGUGAGGGACAUCUACGGAGGAGACUACGAGCGCUUCGGGCUGCCAGGCUGGGCUGUGGCAUCCAGCUUUGGAAACAUGAUGAGCAAGGAGAAGAGGGAAUCUGUCAGCAAGGAGGACCUGGCCAAGGCCACUUUAAUCACCAUCACCAACAACAUUGGCUCCAUAGCACGGAUGUGUGCCCUUAAUGAGAACAUCAACCGUGUGGUGUUCGUGGGCAACUUCCUUCGGAUCAACACCAUCUCCAUGAGGCUCCUGGCCUAUGCCCUGGACUACUGGUCAAAGGGACAGUUAAAAGCACUUUUCUUGGAACAUGAGGGUUACUUCGGUGCUGUCGGUGCUCUCCUGGGACUCCUGGACUCAGCCUGACUCCCUGCAGGAUCUGUGUUGGACCUGUGGAUUCAGGGCACUCCCUGGGCCACUGAGCCCGUGCUUUGGGGGUCACUGAGCCCAUGUUUUGUGUCACAGCCCCCACUGAGACUGUUGCACUGUGGUGGCCUGAGGGGACAGCGUGGGGAUGGGUGUCUGGAGGAGUUUAAAUCCAUCCGGGAUUACAGCACAGGUUUGUUCCAAAGGAUGUGAUUGGAAUACACUGGCUGGACGUGGGGGUGUAUGGGAAGGUCUGGGGGGCAUUUCAGUCACAUGGAAUUGCCCUUUUUAGGGGAAUUUUUGUAAUUUUACUCCAUGUUUAAUGACGGUGACAAAGCAGAGCAGGGACGCUCUGCUCCUUCCAUUGGGAUUCCUUGGAGUGCCAAGUGCCCAGGUCCGUUCUGUGUUCACAAUCAGAGAUUCUCCACGUGCUGGAAAAUGGUCUGUGAAGGGGGAAGAGCAUCAGCACAGCCCUGGUGUGUGUAACUAACUCCAUAUGGCCCACUGGAUCCACACUGGGACACAGCUGUGCUGCCAGCCAGGCUUCAUUUAUCCCAUGUCCUUGUCUCUGUGCCAGGGAUGGGACAGCAGAGCUCGGGUCUGUGCCUCAGGGUGAGUCCCACUGCAGCCUCCAGCCCUCCUCAGCACCCUCUGGGAUGGUGUCAGGGGUGUCAGUCAGCCUCCAGCCCUGAGAUCUAAAUUUGAGGCUGGAAUAGGGAUAUUCAUUGUUUGUUUGUUUGUUUGUCUGGGGUUUUCUCUCUGUUACCAAACUCCACCAAAGAGACACUUCCUUCAGUCACACUUGGAUCUCUGUAAUACUCCAUGUGACAUUUUUCAUGGCUGCUCUCCUGUCGUUUUGGGGCAAUUCUCCCCUUUCCAUGCAUGCUGUACUCCCUCUUUUCCCUGUGCAUGCUGCCACACAGCCUGUGAGCAGGAUUCUGCAGUGUGAGCCCCUGUGGAAGUUGCACCCCGGGGAUGGGGGGUUGGAAUGGAUCCUGCACACUCAAUAAAUGCUCUCUAAAAGCAAUGAGGUAUCUGCACCUUCCCUCAGCAUGGGAGCACAGGGAAAGCUGUUCAGAUCCCUCAGAUCAGGUCAUGGUGUCAGGGUUUGUCCCAGGAUAUCAGAAUGACCAUCACCCUGACCCCAACACACCCUUCCAGUCCUGGUUUCUUCCCAGAGAAACCCAUUUCCAGAGAAACCCAUUUCCAAUUUUUUGGAAUUUUUUCCAAUUCCAAUUUUUCUCUGAUUCCCUUGUGAGCCUGGCUGGAAGUGCUGGACUGCCCCGAGCCCUUCCCUGCCUUGUGAAUCCCACCCAGCUCUGCCUGUUGCUGUAUCCCAAGAUCUGAGCACUCCAAGGUGAAUUCCUUGUGUGGCAACUCCCUCUGAAAAGGGAGGAAACUACAGGUUCAGAGGGUGAUUGCUCUGCUGGGGAGAUCUGUGUUUGUCUCUAAACUCUAAAAUCACAGUAAAAUCAGGGAAAAGAGCACAGGGCUCAUGUGGGAGUUGCUCCAAGCCCUGUCCAGCCUGGCCUUGGGCACUUCCAGGGACCCAGGGGCAGCCACAGCUUCUCUGGGCACCCUGUUUGGGAUCAGCUGAGUUCAAGUUCUCAUUUAUUUUUCACUCCUUGUGAAAUCACACAAAGGUUCCCAAACUCUCCAUUAAAAACAUCUCCAUUUCCAGAGUGCUGACUGAAGGGUUUCUAGACCUACAAUUUAACACACGUGUACCUGGCUGGCCGUUCACCCACCCUCACGGCCAAAACUCAUGGAAAAGGCACAGAAACUUUGGCUUUUUGGAAUGUCUGUGUGCCUGGGACACGUGUGGCUCCUUGGUGUGACAGGUCAGUGAGGGAGGGUGUGGGAAUCCUUGAGAUCCACAGGAAAAAGCCUGGCUUUCAUUAAGCACAGCAGCCUUGGGAGCAGAGGCCACCUUGCCACGGUUCUGCUGUGGAGAGCUGGGAAAUCUCUGCAGGGCUGGGAAUUGCCAGCAGCAAUCCCAGAGCCUGAUCCACCCCAGUCCCGGGGCUCAGCAUCCUGCAGCUUUUCCCCUUCCUCACUCUGCACCUGAGCCUGUGUAACUCCUUUUUCUCUGGAUUUUAGAGUAGCUCCAGCACAGUCUGAUCCCAGCACCAAAGUUCCUGGCUUAUUGUCUAUUCCUUUUUUGUAAACUGCUUGAUUUUUUUUUCUUCUUGUAUAAAAUAUUAGUUAUUUUUUAUAUGCUUCAAA